ACCGUCUUAUCAGAAGAGGAGCGGCGUUCGAACGGCGAGAGUGAGUUUUGUCAUAUAAAAUUUGUACGAAGAGAUAGAGAAAGAAACGAAACAAACGAAGAAGGAAAACAAGUGAGGACAUUAAUAAGGCAGCUAACGUAUUCAUAAUUCUAGCCAGUCGCGAGCGGAUCGCAGCAAGUAACGCUACAGCGAAUCAUCGAAAACCACAACAACAACAACAACAGAAAAGACAACAUGCCGAAGACCAAGAAGAAGAGCGUUUGCAUCGUCGGUAGUGGAAACUGGGGUUCUGCAAUCGCGAAGAUUGUCGGAAAGAAUGCGGCGCGUCUUCCGAACUUCGAGGAUCGCGUCACGAUGUACGUGUACGAGGAGAUGAUCAACGGAAAGAAACUGACCGAAAUCAUCAACGAAACACACGAAAACGUUAAAUACCUGCCCGGACACAAGUUACCAGAGAAUGUGGUCGCCGUACCGGAUGUCUGUGAGGCGGCCAAAGACGCCGAUAUCUUGAUUUUCGUAGUUCCUCACCAGUUCAUCAGGACGCUAUGCUCGACGUUGCUGGGCAAAAUCAAGCCGACCGCGAUCGCUCUGUCUCUGAUCAAGGGUUUCGAUCAGAAGGAAGGCGGAGGCAUCGAGCUGAUCUCGCAUAUCAUAACGCGCACGCUGAAGAUCCAGUGCGCCGUUCUUAUGGGCGCCAAUCUCGCUGGAGAGGUUGCCGACGAAAAGUUCUGCGAGACGACGAUCGGAUGCAGAGAUUCCCAUCUGGCGCCGAUCCUCCGAGACAUCAUCCAAACCGAUUACUUCCGGGUGGUCGUUGUUGACGACGAAGAUGCCGUCGAGAUUUGCGGAGCUCUCAAAAAUAUCGUGGCGUGCGGUGCCGGUUUCGUAGAUGGCAUGAGUUUGGGCGAUAACACGAAAGCCGCUGUGAUCCGUCUCGGUCUGAUGGAGAUGAUCAAAUUCGUGGAUGUGUUCUAUCCGGGCUGCAAACUGUCCACGUUCUUCGAGAGCUGCGGCGUCGCCGACCUCAUCACCACCUGCUACGGCGGUCGCAACCGCAAAGUCAGCGAGGCUUUCGUGAAGACCGGUAAAAGCAUCGCCGAGCUGGAGGGAGACAUGCUGAACGGACAGAAGCUGCAGGGGCCGAUCACAGCCGAGGAGGUCAACUACAUGCUGAAAUCCAAAGGAAUGGAGGAUAAAUUCCCACUCUUCACGGCCAUCCACGACAUUUGCGUGGGAAAGCUGACCGCACAGCAGCUCAUCGAUUGCAUCAAGAAUCAUCCCGAACAUAUGCUGGAAAAGAGUGAAAGAAAAGCGAAACUGUAAACUAACACACUCUGCACACAAUUUUACUGGAUGGACGUGUAACAAAUAACGAUAUCACUAAUAAUAACACCUGAAUGUUGU